AUGUCAAGUCUGACUGACUGGGGUCUUCUACCUCUCCUGUUGGGGCCUCAGGGUCCCUACAUCUACUCCGAAAGCGACUGCCCCCAGGGAGUACCGAUGGGAACCAUAAAACAGAAAUGCGUAAACUUCUACAGAGGCCCGAAUUUGAUACGAUCCCUAAUAAUUGUUAUUUGCCUGGGAAUUGUAAUUCAGCAGGUGAUAUUGUGCGUCAAAAAAAUAAUGAAUAAACCAAUUACAACGUACACACAUUUCGACUUUAACAAAACAAUAUUGUACCCAAGCGUUACAUUGUGCAGGGAGCCGCCUUACAAGUAUGACAAGCUACUGGAAUAUGGUCUGUAUUAUCAUCCCCGUCUAACUUCGACGUGGUCAAUGUUCAACUUCUCUGGAGUAGACCUUGAUCAGCUGUGGCAAGAUAUCACGUAUGAUGCAGAGGAAAUAUUCGUGGAAUUCAGCUUAGACGGACGCAGUGACAAUUUGGAAUUGGAGUCAACAUUAGGGUUCAUGUACGGUCGAUGCUACACACUCUCCCCUAAGAUAAUAAGCAGGCAGGCGACUAAAGCAACCGGCUACUCCAUUAAGCUACAGCACAGUGCUGACGAUGUGGCCACUGCGAGCAGCAUUUCUCCACCAGGAUAUCACGUCCAUCUGCAUUACCACCGGGAGCCGUUUACAGAGGUUCAUGUGUACAAUGGAGGUCAGGUUGAUUACAUAUAUGUUAACAUAGGAGACACGUUGGAUGUGAAGCUGAAAGUGGAACAGUACGUGAAGAUCAGUGCUGAGGACGAUCCCUGCACACAUAUGGACAACUACAGUGCUAAUGAAUGUACUACGCAAUUCGUAUGGGAUCAAUCAGGCAAUCUUGCCGGCUGCUCAGGACCUUGGAUGAACAGCAAUCUGCCAUACUGUAACAGCUAUAGAGGAAUGCGUGAACUUAUUUCAGCAUAUAUGACGUUUUAUAACAAGCCCAAUUGCAGCAUCUGUCCUCGUUUCUGCCGCUCGUAUCUCUACAAUUCUUUCGUGAACGACCGGCAGAGCUUCUACUCCUGGGAUUCGGUCAGCAGACAAUGGGCUGUACGAACUGGCGAUGCCACUCUACAGUCACAGUUAUAUAUUUAUUUCAACGGCAUGGUGGUGACUGUAUACGAGGAGCGAUAUAACUAUGACUGGAGUUUGUUUCUAUCGGACCUCGGCGGAAGCAUUGGAUUUCUCCUAGGACUCUCUGUUAUCAGUUUAAUGACAAUCUGUGGCAACAUAUGGAGGCAUCACAUCAAACCUUCCAUCAAACCUAAGAACAAGACUGGUACAAGUAACUCUACGACCACUUUGAACCAGACAACGAAGUACGAAGAAUAUCUGAAGAAUUACACUGAAUGGAACUUCUAAAAUAAGUUUCACCGUCCUUCAACUGAUCUUGUUAUGUAAUUGAUGUAAUUUGAAUGUUAUCUACAGUGUCCAUUAAAUCUAUUUUCGUUUGCUUUAGCCACCUUUAGCUGCGAGCCAAG